CCCCCAACUUUGUAUUGUCAGUGGAUGUCAACGCCAACCAUCAUUCCUCAUCAAACCAACCUUAACGUAACAACAACAAUCAGCUAACGUCAGAUUGAAGAAAAAAUUUUAAGUUUAAUUGAUUAAAAGUUAAAGUGCACUAAAUUCUAUCAAAAAAAUCAUCCUGCUCUUGGUGUAAAACAAAUUAUCCCAAAGAAACAACACCACAACAUUACAAACCAACGGAAGACGGAAAGAACGGCAAAAACGAGUGACUACAUUGGCAGGCAGACGAACGGAGAGGAAUAAGGCAAAAACGAAAAAAAAAAAUCAAUCAGACAAAAAAUAUUUCUUCAAAGGAACGUAACUUAAAAAAAGUAACUUGAUCAAUUCCCAUUUUCGUCCUGCCAGUCAAGGUUGUUAAUUGAAAAACAAGAUCAUAACAAUUCAGUAAAAAUUAUACAAAAUAUAUUGCAAAUUACACCGUGACUAUUAAGAAAAAAGACUGAUCAAAGAAAAUACACACAGGGAUAUUUAACAUCUAAGUGCAAAAUCAAAAAUAAUACAAAACAAAUUUAUUAAAUUUAGUGCUUUAAUUUAAAGAACAGAUUUUCAAAAAUGACCACAAAUCUACGACAAAUUCCAUUAACAUGCAGUGGUCACACUCGUCCCGUGGUUCAUUUGGAUUUUAGCGAUAUUUGCGACAGUGGCUACUUUCUAAUAUCGGCUUGCAAAGAUGGCAGUCCCAUGUUACGACAGGGCGACACUGGCGAUUGGGUUGGCACUUUUGAGGGUCACAAGGGAGCCGUCUGGGGUGUAGCUCUUAACAAAACCGCCACAUUGGCGGCCACCGGUGCUGCCGAUUUUACCGGAAAAGUAUGGAAUGCCAUAACCGGCACCGAAAUUCAUAGUUUCCAACACAAACACAUUGUCAAGUCGGUGGGCUUUGACAGCAGUUCGGAGAACAUUGUCACCGGCAGCAAUGAGAAGCUGGUGCGUGUUUUCAAUUUGGAACAGCCACAGGCGGAACCAGAAAUGUAUAGCGGUCAUGGUGGUGCCAUAAAACAGGCUCUAUUCUGUCGCAACGAUAAAUGCAUUAUAUCGGCGGCCGAGGAUAAAACUGUACGACUGUGGGAUCGUUUGAGUGGCAAUGAGGUACAGCGUCUAACAUUCCCCAAUAAUCCCAAUAGUUUGGAGAUAUCGGCUGAUAAUCACAUUCUGACCGUGGCCCAUGGCACCAGUAUUAGUUUUUGGGAUGUAGAGUCGUUGAAGAAGCUGAAAGAGGUUAAAGUGCCAACAAAUGUUUCAUCGGCCAGUUUGCAUCCGGACAAGCAUGUGUUUGUUUGUGGUGGUGAGGAUUUCAAAAUGUACAAAUUUGAUUACAUAACGGGCAAUGAAAUUGAAUCAUUUAAGGGCCACUUUGGUCCCGUGCAUUCGGUCAAAUUUAGUCCCGAUGGUGAGUUGUAUGCCAGUGGUUCCGAGGAUGGUACUCUCCGUUUGUGGCAGACAACAGUGGGCAAAACCUAUGGCCUUUGGAAAUGUACCGAACCCAAUGAGCUGAACAAUUCUCUAAAUUCCCCUCGCGAAGUACAAGCAAAUUAAUUGUAUUCAUUGUCGUUUGUUUUUCUUAAAACUUCACCUCGUAUUUUAUUUUACAUAAUGUCAUAGAUUGCCCAUAAAUUCUCUCCAUUGUAAUCAUUGUCCAUUUCUCUUUCUCCCUCUUGGAAACGUAGUAAAGUAAUUUAUAUAAAAUUAAAAGAAAUCCAUUUACAAAGUUCACAUUCAUAAAUUUCAGAUCAUCCAUUGCAAAAUCUACAAAAAAAAAAUUAUAAAUAAAAAAAUAACUAUGUUUCUGAACGAAAAGGAAAUGGAAAUGUAACAAAAGAAAAAAACUCUGCUAUCUCGUAUAUUUUAAGUUUUGUAUUUGAAAAAAAUCAUACAUAAAAAGGAAAUAAAAAAACAUAAUAAUAUUUGACUAAAAUAUUAGAAAAGUAAAAUAAAAAAAAGAA